CGGGCAGAGCGCCAUUGCUUGACGAAGAGUGCGACUACUGCUGCGACUGCUACCACUGUUACUUGGACUGACUGGGUCCUGCCCGGCCGCCCUGGAGCAUCCGGCCAUGCGUGGUUUGGCUGCAUACAGACACACCCACCCACACCCACACACACACAUGCUACUAUACACUCACACACCCCUCUACAUAUGUAUGUGUGUGUACACACGCACCCACACUGCGCGUCUGGUGGACCCCCCACCCAACCCUGCGUGGGCUGGGCGUGCACAAGCGAAGCUGCAGAAGCUCUCUGAUGUCUCUGACCGUCCUUUGGUGCACGCUGCACGCUGCUCGCCCAUUUGCCUUGCGCUAAUCGGCCGUCUCUUCACCUGCCUUUGCUCACGGCCGCCGCCGCCGCCGCCGUCGCCGUCUUUUGUGGUCGUCGUGGUCGCCGUCGCCAUCGCCGUCGCCGUCCUAUAUGCGCUGGGCCUUGGUGUCAUUGACUGCUGCUCUCUGCCUCUGGCCUCGUCCCCCACUCCUCCUCCACCCCCUUGUCAUCAUUAUCACUACCACCACUACCACCAUCAAACACCACCCUUACCAGCCCUAAUAUUAUUCCCGUCACCUCCACUGUCACCUCCACCUCCAUCACCACCCGACCCCCCUCGGCGCGCGUGUGCCUGAGCCAGUGCUGGGCCGCCUCCCGCGCCCUGUCGCAUCGCGCCCUGGAGCUGUUCCUUUUUGCGACUGAUGUGGUUUCGCGCCUUUUCUGAUUGCGCCCUGGCCCCUUCGUUCGCACGGCCCGUCUUAAAAGCGCCACUUUUCGCCGACUGAGCGACAAACGUCCUAGCAUUGACCGCGCGCGACUCAUUCAUCUCGCCUUUACCUGCUUCGGAUAGUUGUCUCCGGCUCCAUGGUAAGGUCGACCUGCCCAAGACUAGGUCCUUUCUUUGCGCACGCGGCAUAGGAAAGCUCCCGUCCUGCAUCC